AUGGUACAAUCACGAGGAACAACGCCUAUCGCUCCAACAUCUGCCGCUGCUCCUGCCGCUGCCGUACCUACGCCACCGGCAGUUUCCAUACCACCACAAGUACAGCAACCCCAAGCAUCACAACCACCUUUCACACAACCACAAACGCUCCAAAACCAGUUUGCUGCACAACAAGCCGCCAUGAUGCGACAAAUGCAAAUGCAACAACGAGCAGCAGCACAGUAG